AUGAACGUUAGAAUGUCAAUGAAGCCUGCCCUUCCAUCUUUGAGGCCUAUAUCACCUGCAUCUAUAUCAGAUACACCUCGUGGAAUCAAACCGCCAUCAAAAUUAGGAGCUCCAACACGUUAUACAACAGAUUUCGAAGUAAAUCGUUCAUUAUUUUCACAUUCACCACGUCAAAAGAAAAUGUUAUUACCAAAAGCAGAAAAAGAGCCAGAAAACACCGAACAAGAAGCAAUUCCAGAACAAAAACCAUCAGAUAUUUUAUUAAUUGAAGAUUUAGUACUUCGAAUUCCAGAUUUCACAUCAAAAGAACUUGAUUUAGAUACAGCAGAUCCAUAUACAAUAUCUCCAAUUUUGGACAGAAUUCUUUGUGUUACAAUUUCUUGGAAACCUGAUGAUGUUAAAGAAUAUAUACAAUAUCCAAUCAUAUCAACACUAGAAAACAGAUUGUUUGCAUUAAUAGAUAUCGAUGAUUUCCUUCUUCGAACAAUAAUUUGCAAAAUUAUUUUGUGUUUGGCACUUGAUGCUUCUUCAUCUCUACUACUUCCUGUUGCCCGUAUAUUCUACAAAUUAAGUAAUGAUAGCUUAAAUGAUCAAUAUUUCCUUGAAGAAGAAGUUGACGGAAUAUUAAUACAAUUAAUCCUUAAUUCGCCAAUCGAAUCAAAGGUUUUUGCAGCUGGUGCACUCAAGAAUAUAGCUAGCUACAAAGAAAUUGCUGAUAGAUUAGCUGAAUCAAAGAUUUUUGAAAUUUUCAACGAAAUUCUGGAUAAACCAGAAGCAGAUGAUACCCUUAAAGUUCAAAUGUUAUCUGCAAUUAAGAAUGCAUGCAAAUCUAAGCUAUUUCAGUUCAAAUUACUUAAAACAAAUAUUUUAUCCAGAGCUGCAGGCGAUCCUAUACUAUUUAACGAUGUUCUUCGCACAUGUGCAGCAAUACCUGAUGUUCCUAAAGAACAACGUACGAAAAUCAUGUCAUUUAUUCCGAAAAAGCAAUUUGACGAUGAAAAAAUGUUGUCUUUGGUCACACGAUCCAUGUUAACCCUUUCAAAGGAUCUUGAAAAUACUAUCGAAUGCUGCAACGCAAUUUUGUUUUUGCUUCCAUUAACAAAAGAACAUCCGGAAUUGCAACUUGCGCUUCUCCAAAUCGGAGCAAUAUCUGCACGUGACGAUGUCUGUACGAAUAUAUUCGAGAGUAAUGGCAUAAUCCUUGGAAUUCUCAAAGGAGAAGAAAGAGAUAUCGAAAUUGGAAUGGCAGCACUCGAAAUUGUUAAGCACUACAAGAAUCCAUCCCUUAAGCAGCUCAUUGAAGACUAUACUGCAGCAUUUACUUUCUAA